UUCCUUAAGAGAUUGUCAAUAUGUGGUUUGAAGCAGAGAUUUUCAUCUAUAGUGAUGCCUAAGUAUCUGUAGGUGUUAACAGCUUCAAUGGGGUUAUGCUGUGCAGACAUGAUGCAGGGAAGAACAGUUGGUAACUUUUUCUUAUUGGAAAACAACAUGACUUUUGUCUUAUCUGAAUUGAACACAUUUGACAUCUUAAAAGCUAAAGCAUCUGUUAUGUUUCUUGUGUCUGUGCUCAGAGCUCCUGUGUUGGUGGCCCUGGCUCUAAUCGAGUGUGGGAUGGAAUAUGAAGACGCCGUGCACUUCAUCAGACUGAAGCGUCGCGGGGCGUUCAACUCCAAACAGCUGCUGUAUCUGGAAAGCUACAAACCUAAACUGUGUCUGCGCUCCAAAGACGGCAACGGACAAAGCUGCUGCAUACAGUAGGAAUCUACAAACCACUCUUCUUCACUGCUGCUUCACUUGAGACUCCUAAUGUUGAAUGGAAAAGUGAUGUGUUUGGGUAGCGCAAGAGAAAAGGAGAAUUCCUGCACACUGUUGUGCCAUUUUAGCGAAAUUCAUUUGUAACGUUUCUGUCCUCGAUUAGGUAAAGACUCAUUUAGGCUUGUGAAAUCUAUUAAAAGCACUUUUCCCAAAUUAAAAGCACCACAAAUGUCUGAAAGUCUUUUACGUAACAAAUUGACCUCUAUAGAGAAGGUGUUAAAUGUUUCUGCUUUUUGGUCUGUGAACUCACCUUAAAUGUAGCAAAUACACACAUAUUUAGCUCAUUAAAGAGAAAUUCCACAGUCAAGCAAAACUUAUUUAAACUGUGAAAUCAAGCUUAAGGGACUGUUAAAGUAAUAAUAUAAAUCAAAAUUUGACUCUCACGUUUCUGUUGUAAACAGAGUUGCUUUUAUUUUAAUUGAAACCUGGGAUCAAACAUUAUAGAUAUGUCUGUAUCAGUAGUCAAUAUGUUUGAUUUUUGUGAUGUUAAAAAUGAUAUGCAGCUUGCUAUUUGUUCUAAGCUCCAACACUACAAAUAAAGAAUGAAUAGCUGGCACUGUGUGCUCGCAAGUU